AUGCCACUGCUCGAUACCCACCUCGAGCAGAUAUCGUUGUCAUCUGCUGCAAUCUCUGAGUUGCCCUUUCCACAGCCCAAGAAUUUCACAAAUGCGCUUGUUCAGCACCAUGACAUUACAGCUCUGAUACGCGACACAGAGGCACAUGAACGUGCAUUGUUCACUUUAGCACCCCCUGAUCAGCUUCCAGGUGUACCAGAUGCGUACCUACCACGGCGGAAUACAAUCAGCAACGUCAAAGGGGCGAAAUUAGCACGAGGCCAGAGGCAAGAGCCUGCCGUGGCUGUUUUACUUGGUGGAGAGCUUGGAGACCAAAUUCGCAAAGAGAACUCCAAGGAAGGAAAGGAAAUGGGCGAGGUCGACGUCAAUCUUUUGCUAAAAGGAGCUGAGAAGCUGUGUAAUGCAUAUCCAAUUGCCGGAGGAUCAGAACGGAUAACGUCUCUGCGAUCCCGCUUUGAACAGCUAAAUGCCUCAAUCAGUCGCUAUGAAAGUCGCGUCACAAAGCAAACGGCUCAAGUGGCCGAGUUGAACAGGCAUAAAGAUGACGUGGACUUUGACGAUCAAGACGAAGACCACGAGGACCUAGACGGUGCUUUGCCAGAAGUUCAGGUAACUGAAGAAGACAUCCGGAAUGAGAAUGAGGAGAUCGACGAGCUCGAAAAGAAGAAGCGCAUGCUUGAAGACCGCGUCAGUGGAAUGGAGAGGGACCUAGGGGGCUUGCUGAGAUGA